AUGUCUUCGUCGUCGGACUGGUGGUCGUCCCCCGGAAGCUCGAUAACGAUCCUCACCGUCACCGUCCUCGUCCUCGCCCUGUCCACCGUCCUCGUUGCCAGAAUGCUCUUCGCGUCCAAGAACCACUUCCCUGUCGAGGGCCUCACGGCCAUCGUGACCGGCGGCUCACAGGGUCUCGGGCUGGCCAUCGCAGAAGAACUCGCAGCCCGGGGCGCCAAUGUGGCCAUCGUGGCGCAAAACGUGCCCAAACUCGAAGACGCGGUCAAGAUCCUCUACAGUCGCGCCAAAAGCGCGCAGUCGCAACGGUUCCUCUCGCUGUCCUUCGAUCUCCGCCGGCCGGAAUCCGCUACGAAGAUCCUGGAGGAAGUUAAGACGUGGAACAACGGCGCGGCGCCGGACUUGAUCUUCUGCUGCGCGGGGAACUGUUACCCGGCCUUCUUCGCGGACGCUCCGAUCGAUAGGCUCAGGGACCAGAUGGACACGAUCUACUGGAGCAGCGCGUACAUGGCCCACGCGGCGAUCAACUUGUGGAAGACCCCGUCGUCAAAAGCCGGGAGCAGCACCAGCAGCAGUGGGAACAAGUCGUCCACCUCUCCCAGUCCCUCAAGACCGACACGCCACCUGAUUUUCACCUGUUCUACCUUGGCCUGCUUCCCCGUGGCCGGCUACAGUCCCUAUUCGCCCUGCAAAGCGGCCAUGCGGGCUUUAGCCGACAGCCUGAACCAAGAGGUCGAAGUGUACAACGGAUCGCGACUGAAUCCGUCCCUGGGCCCCGUGCCGGACGCCGACAUGAAAGUCCACAUCCUGUUCCCGAUGGGCAUCAUCUCGCCGGGGUUCGAGAACGAAAACAAGAUCAAGCCGUCCUUAACGCUACAACUCGAAAAGGACGACCAGCCACAGCAGCCGGAUCAGAUUGCCCGGAUUGUGCUGAAGCGGUUGGCGGCCGGCGACUUCAUGAUCAGCACCAUGUUCCUGGGCCACUUGAUGCGCGGGCUGGGCAUGAGCGGCAGUGUACGUAUGAAUGUGAUGGACGUCUUUUGGAACUGGCUAGGCUCUCUGGUUAUCAUUUUCGUGGCAACCGAUUUUCUCUCAAAGGGAUGA